UGGACUCCUGAAAAGACCAACCACUUUAAACAGCAGAAUACUGAGUCUUUCAGAGACCCUUGUGGACACACCUGAUACUCACAGCAAUGUCAUCCUCCAUGAGUUCACUGUCUGAGGAGAUUCAGUGCUCUGUAUGUCUGGAUGUGUUCACUGAUCCAGUCUCGACUCCAUGUGGACACAACUUCUGCAAGAUCUGUCUGAAUAAGUGCUGGGACAACAGCCAGACCUACAGCUGUCCAUACUGUAAUGAAACAUUCAAGCAAAGACCUGAUCUCAAGAUUAAUACCACACUCCGAGAGCUCGUAGAUCACUGUAAGAAGAAAAGUCCUGAGAAAACAACUGAAGUUCUGUGUGACAUCUGUGAGGAAAGAAAGCUGAAAGCGCUGAAGUCGUGUCUGGUGUGUCAGAGCUCUUACUGUGACAGUCACCUGGAGCCUCAUUUGAGAGUGGCAGGUUUGAAGAAACACAAACUGAUGGAUCCUGUGAGUAAUCUGGAGGACUAUAUAUGCCAGAAACAUGAGAAACCUCUGGAUCUGUUCUGUAGAGAUGAUCAGACAUAUGUGUGUUCAAUCUGCACUGUGACAGACCACAAGAACCACAACACUGUUACUAUAGAAGAGGAGAGUCAAGAGAAGAAGACUGAACUGAUGAAGACACAGAAAGACGUGCAGCAGAUGAUCCAGAACAGAAUCAAGAAGAUUCAAGACAUCAAACACUCAGCAGAAGUCAGAAAAAGAAACACAGAGAAGGAGAAAGCAGUCCAUGUGGAGCUCUUCACUGAUCUCAUCCGCUCCAUUGAGAGACAUCAGACUGAACUGCUGGAGAUGAUGGAGGAGCACCAGAAAGCAGCAGAGAAACAGGAGCAAGAGCUGAUUGAAGAGCUGGAGCAGGAGAUCACUGAGCUAAAGAUGAGAAACACUGAGCUGGAGCAGCUCUCACACACUGAAGAUCACCUCCACCUCCUACAGAUUCACUCAUCCCUGUGCAGCUCUAGAAACACCAAGAACUGGCCUGAGAUCAGUAUGAAGACUCAUGAGAGUCUGGAGACUCUGAGGAGAGCUCUGACUCAACUGAAGGACACUAUAGAUGAGAAACUCACACUAACUGAGCUGAAGUGGAUGCAGCAGUAUGCAGUGGAUGUGACUCUGGAUCCUGAUACAACUCAUCCUAAACUCAUCCUGUCUGAAGAUACAAAACAACUAUCUGGUCUGAGCGGUCCUCAUAAUUUAGGUCAAGGUCAGCGCGAGAAGGAGCAGCAGAAUAUCAGCGCGAGUGUUUCUCUCACUGAAGACUUCAAGCUGAAUAAAGCAGAGAAGGUCACAGACACAGUAUGGCGCAGCGGGCGUGCCGACAAUCCCGAGUUCUUGAAGACACAGGAACUGUUCAAAUGCAUGCAGAGCAUCUUGAACAAACUGACGCCGCAGAUGUUCCAGCCGCUGAUGAAGCAGGUGACCGAACUGAGCAUCGACACAGAGGAGCGUCUGAAGGGAGUCAUCGACCUCAUCUUCGAGAAGGCCAUCUCUGAGCCCAACUUCUCUGUGGCGUACGCGAACAUGUGCCGCUGCCUGAUGGGGCUCAAAGUCCCCACCUCAGAUAAACCUGGAGUCACGGUCAACUUCAGGAAGCUGCUGCUCAGUCGCUGUCAGAGAGAGUUUGAGAAGGACAAAGAUGAUGACGAAAUCUUUGAGAAAAAGGAGAUGGAGCUGGAUGCUGCUACAGGGGAAGAGAAGCAGAGGUUGAAGGAGGAGCUCGAGGACGCCAAAGACAAAGCCCUGCGACGGUCGCUAGGUAACAUCAAGUUCAUCGGGGAGCUGUUCAAGCUGAAGAUGCUGACGGAGGACAUCAUGUACAUAUGCAUCAUCAAGCUGCUGAAGAACCACGACGAGGAGAAUCUGGAGUGUCUCUGCUGUCUGCUGUCCACCAUCGGGAAAGACCUGGACUUCCAGAAGGCCAAGCCCCAAAUGGAUCAAUAUUUCAACCAGAUGGAGAAAAUUAUUAAGGAGCGGAAAACCUCUUCCAGAAUUCGCUUCAUGCUGCAGGACUUUCUUGAUUUACGACGGGUAAACCAUCGAAAUAGUGCUCCUGACGACGGCUGGGAGACGGUUCCCAUCUCCACCAAGAACCGACCCAUCGACACGACACGACUCAGCAAGAUCACCAAGCCUGGAGGUAAAGGCUCAUGGUGCAGUUGGGGCAAAGGCAGCAGCGGGGGCUCAGGAUCCAAACCCAGCGACAGCACCCAGGAUUCUGGUCGUACGAGCACUUUGAACCGCUUUUCAGCACUUCAGCAGCCUUCCUACUCUUCAUCAUCAUCAGCCACCAAAAUCGACUCUGACAGGAGGGUUCCUUACAGGAGCAGUUCAGGUCCAGAACACAGCUUUCGCAUGGACCGGGUCGGUGACCGCUACAAUCGACGUGACGACCUUGGAUUUGACCGAAUGGACCGGAUCCGUCCCACAGUCGGCAAGCACCGCUUUAGCCGUGAAAAGGAGGAGAAGAGUUGGGAACGAGAGAUGCUAUGGCGCGAGAGAGACCGAGAACGUGCAGUGAAGAGAGAAUCUGUUCCCAAUCCUCCACCUGUUUCCUCCAAACCUGCGCUGACGGAGGAAGAGAUGGAGAAGAAGUCCACUGUCAUCAUCGAGGGAGUGGAGUUCACUCUGGGUGAGGAGUGUGUGAGGAAGAGCAGUAAAGUGACUCUGAGUCCAGAAGAUAUUUCUAGAGAGUUGGAGCGACUCCUGCAGGAGAAAGCAGACAACCAGAGGAUAUUUGACUGGGUGGAGGCCAAUCUGGACGAGCAGCAAACAUCAUCGCACACGUUUAUCCGGCCGCUGAUGACUGCUGUCUGUCAGUCUGCCAUCAUCUGUGUGAAUCCAUAUAAAGUAGACACUGAAGAAAUGACCCAGAGGGCCGAGCUGCUGCAGCGCUACAUUAAAGACGAGCAGAAGGAGCUGCAGGCGCUCUACGCCUUACAGAGUCUGAUGGUGCAGAUGGAGCAGCCCACCGAAUCUUCUGCGCAUGUUCUUCGAUGCCUUAUACGAUGA